UGUCGCAAAUGUUCACGCGGCUACAACAUGUAUAGUUCAGACUUAUAACUCACCAAUUCCUUGAUCUUAUUCAAAAUUAUUUGUAAAGAGCUGUUAAUGUUUUUGGACCCUUGAAAAGGUCUCCAGCAGGAGAUGUCGUCCUGGUAAAACGGCCUGUGGUCUGACUACAGGCUCAGCUCGGUUGUUGGAUAGUGUCGUCGCUGCAUCAUGUUUGUGCUGGUGGAGAUGGUGGAUACUGUGAGGAUCCCUCCGUGGAACUUCCAGAGACGACUCAACGAGGCCAUAGCAGAGGAACUAAACAAGAAGCUGGCCAAUAAGGUGGUCUAUAAUGUUGGCCUGUGCAUCUGCUUAUAUGACAUCACCAAACUGGAGGAUUCCUACAUAUUCCCAGGAGAUGGAGCCUCACAUACUAAAGUACAUUUCAGAUACGUUGUUUUUCACCCUUUCCUGGAUGAGAUCCUAGUCGGCAAGAUCAAGUACUGCAGUCAAGAGGGAGUUCAUGUGACCAUGGGCUUCUUUGAUGACAUUCUUAUUCCACCAGAGUCACUUCAGCAGCCUGCAAAGUUUGAUGAAGCAGAACAGGUUUGGCUCUGGGAGUAUGAGACAGAUGAGGGUGCCCAUGACCUCUACAUGGACCAGGGAGAGGAGAUCCGCUUUCGGGUGACAGAUGAAGUCUUUGUGGACACGUCACCGACAGGCCCAGCCACUGCAACCGUGGACACGCCAGCGCAGCCUGGACAGUCAACAGCGCCACCAGCUGCGGCCAGUGUGGAGAAGAAGGAAGCACCAUACACUCUGAUUGGGACUAUCUGUGAGCCGGGGCUGGGGCUGCUGUCAUGGUGGAACAGUUGAUUGCACAUAGAAGAGGAGAUUUGAUCGUUAUGAACUCAAUAACCAAGAGGACCAAACGGCGAGACAUGGGAUUGCCUUAGAGACACUGAAGUCUGUUGUUUCAAUACAGGACAGCAGGACAAGAGAAAAAAGCAGAGCUGUUUCCUGAUCCAAGACACAGAGCGAGUAGAAGUGACUUAUAUAAUCACUGUCCCACUGAGACUGACUGUGUUGUGAAUACUGCCUCAUGUUGAUCAUUUAGUUUGACUGUUGAACAUGCACAGGCAGCAGCAGCUGACUUUAACCUAUGUACACUUUCAUAUGUUGUUAGAAAACAAAGAAAUAAAGCUGAGAGGCAUUUUCCUUUCAUAUAAAUGAACAUGGGGGUCAGAUUUGUCCUAAUGAGACCUGACAGCAGCACUUGUGUCAUUAAGAUCUAUGCAAUGGUACAAUAGUAACAUUAAAAUAUUAAAACAAUUAAAAAAAAAAAAAA